GCCCCGGUCUGUUGGUGCUCGGAGUGUGGCCGGGCGGCUCGGACCGAGCAGGUUUUUCUCCACCGUGUGGAUUGUCUAGUGUACACUGCCAGUCUCUUGUCAUUCACCAUGGCUUCUUCUGAUAUCCAGGUGAAGGAACUAGAGAAGCGUGCCUCCGGACAGGCGUUUGAGCUGAUACUUAGUCCUCGUUCAAAAGAAGCAGUCCCAGAAUUUCCCCUUUCCCCUCCAAAGAAGAAAGAUCUUUCCCUGGAAGAAAUUCAGAAGAAACUAGAAGCUGCAGAAGAAAGACGCAAGUCUCAUGAAGCUGAAGUCUUGAAGCAGCUAGCUGAGAAGCGGGAGCAUGAGAAGGAGGUGCUUCAGAAAGCAAUUGAAGAAAACAACAACUUCAGUAAAAUGGCGGAAGAGAAACUGACCCACAAAAUGGAAGCUAACAAGGAGAACCGAGAGGCACAAAUGGCUGCUAAGCUGGAGCGCUUGCGGGAGAAGGAUAAGCACAUGGAGGAAGUGCGGAAGAACAGAGAGUCCAAAGACCCUGCUGAUGAGAACGGAGCUGACUAGCUGGCCAGGAGCUGGCUUCUCCCCCUCCCGAGCAUCCAAAGACUGAACUGGCCAGUGUCGCUUUUAUUUUAUUCCUCUUGACAAAUAUUCUAGAAACUGAUGUAGAAUCCGAACCAUACAGAUGUUGUUGGGGGCAGAGGGGGAGAAACUGCAAGUGUUUUGCUCUUUUUCUAAAGUGUUGAAGUCUUUCUAACGUAGCUAUUUUUCUUGUUGCAUCUUUUCUAUUCCAGUAUGCUCGGUGCUGGGUUAAUGGCUAGUACUGUAUUGGCUCUGUGAAAACAUGUUUGUGAAAGGAAUCUGUAGUAUGCUUCUUUCCAGCUGUUAGAUGCUGAAUAUAUCUGUCUGUUCACUUUUGAAACCUGACCUUUGUCCCGGUCUUUCCAGAUACUACUGUACUUGAAUGGUUAAUAAAACUGCACAGUGCUGUUA